GAGAGCAGUGUGUCAACAAUCAUGGCCGACCAUUGUUUGCUUCUGUAGAAUCGCCUUCCAAGGAAAAACGCGAUUAAUGCUCCUUCCUCGCGAUCUUUAUGAGAAUGACUCUAGACUCGACGUGAACUUGAGAUUUGUGUCAGUUCGUGGAGAUAUGAUAGUAGAGAGAAUGGCGCUCCGUAUCGCGACAGGAGUUUGUUGAAGAGUGAUGUUUUGAUGAAGCCAAGAUCUUCGGGAAGGAAAAGUCUCCGAGGUUUCUAUUUCUAUUUCUAUUUCCUGGAGAAACGGAUCAGAAAUUCAUUAAUAUGAGUUCGCUAAAAUCAGGAAACAAAAAAGAGCACCAGAAAAUGCGUAUCCGCGCUUUUCCCAUGACGAUGGAUGAACGUUAUGUGGAAAAUAUCUGGCAGCUGCUAAAAAGCGCCAUCCAAGAGAUACAGAAAAAGAACAACAGUGGUCUCAGCUUUGAGGAACUCUACCGCAAUGCCUACACUAUGGUCCUACACAAGCAUGGGGAGAGACUAUAUACAGGCCUCAGGGAUGUCGUUACACAGCACUUGGAGAAUAAGGUCCGGGCGGAUGUGUUGGCAUCGUUACAAAACAACUUUUUACAAACGUUAAAUCACGCCUGGAACGACCACCAGACCUCCAUGGUGAUGAUUCGGGAUAUCCUCAUGUACAUGGACCGUGUCUAUGUGCAGCAGAACAAUGUCGACAAUGUCUACAACUUAGGAUUAAUUAUUUUCAGAGAUCAGGUUGUACGGCAUGGCUGCAUACGGGACCACCUACGAGAAACAUUACUAGACAUGGUGAUGAGGGAACGUAGAGGUGAAGUAGUUGACAGGCUAGCAAUCAAGAAUGCUGCACAGAUGUUAAUAGUAUUGGGAAUAGAAUCCAGAGCUGUAUAUGAAGAGGAUUUUGAAAGACCGUUCCUUGCUCAGUCUGCAGAGUUUUAUCGGAUGGAGAGCCAGAAAUUUUUAGCAGAGAAUAGUGCAUCAGUUUAUAUUAAGAGAGUAGAAGCAAGGAUUAUGGAAGAGGCUGAACGGGCUAAGCAUUAUCUAGAUGAAUCUACAGAACGACGUAUAGUAGAAGUUGUAGAAGAAGAACUAAUUAAGAAGCAUAUGAAGACCAUUGUUGAGAUGGAAAACUCUGGUGUUGUACACAUGCUCAAGAAUAAUAAAACAGAAGAUCUAGCUUGCAUGUACAAGCUUAUGUCUAGGGUGUCUGACGGAUUACGUGCGGUAGCUGAGUGCGUGUCGCAACACUUAAGAGAACAGGGCAAAGCUUUAGUUGCUGAAGAAGAGGGAGGAAAGAAUGCUAUAACGUUUGUACAGAAUUUGCUGGACUUGAAGGACCGGUUCGACCACUUCCUCCACAAUUCCUUCAACAAUGAUAAGAUCUUCAAGCAGAUGAUCGCAGCAGAUUUUGAAUAUUUCCUCAACCUCAACAGUAAAUCACCGGAGUAUCUGUCAUUAUUUAUUGAUGACAAACUCAAGAAGGGUGUUAAAGGAAUGACUGAGGCGGAGAUUGAAGCCGUCUUGGAUAAAACUAUGGUGCUGUUCCGUUUUCUGCAAGAGAAGGAUGUAUUCGAGCGGUACUACAAGCAACACCUGGCUAAGCGCCUCCUCUUACAAAAGUCAGUGUCGGAGGACUCGGAGAAGACCAUGAUCUCCAAGCUGAAGACGGAGUGCGGGUGCCAGUUCACGUCCAAGCUAGAGGGCAUGUUCAAAGACGUCACCAUCUCCAACACCAUAAACGAGGAGUUCAAGCAGAGAGUUAAUAGUGCCGGGACAAACUUGUGUGGAGUUGACAUAUAUGUGCGAGUGUUGACAACUGGUUACUGGCCAACGCAGUCGGCAAAUUUGAAAGCCAACGUACCCAUGGCCCCCAGAAGUGCCUUUGAGGCCUUCAGAAGAUUCUACCUCAACAAGCACAGUGGCAGACAACUCACUCUUCAGCCACAACUAGGGUCUGCAGAUCUCAAUGCAGUAUUUUAUGGCUCAAGAAAGGAAGAUAGCUGUUCAGCAGCAGCUAGCAGUGUGGCCUCAGUAGCAGCUUCAGCCUCAGUGACUCCUGCGACAUCAGGCGAGGCGACUGUGAGCAGCGUGGCGGGUAUCUCGUCAUCAUCAUCGGCUGUAGCAGCGGCAGCAGCGGGUGUUAGCAGCAACAACAAUGGCUUAGCCCCCUCUCCCAGUGUGCCAGGGACACCCACCUCGGCUUCGGCUGUAGGGCCCUCCCCCUCCUCCGCCCCCUCUGUCAUGGGUGCAGGAAAGCCCUCGGGGCCUAGGAAACACAUCAUCCAGGUGUCCACGUACCAGAUGGUCAUACUGAUGCUGUUCAACACCAGGGACAAGCUCACUUAUGAGGAGAUUCAGAACGAGACGGACAUCCCAGACCGUGACCUUGUUCGAGCUCUGCAGUCGCUGGCACUUGGAAAGCCAGCUCAGCGUGUGCUUGUCAAGAGCCCUAAGACGAAGGAGAUGGAGUCUUCACAUGAGUUCACGGUCAAUGACUCAUUUACAUCAAAGUUGUACAGAGUGAAGAUCCAGGCAGUAGCAGCCAAGGGAGAGAGUGAGCCAGAGAGAAAGGAGACGCGGAGCAAGGUGGAUGAGGAUCGCAAGCACGAGAUUGAGGCGGCCAUCGUGAGGAUUAUGAAGGCCAGGCGGAGGAUGACGCAUAACAACUUGGUGGCAGAGGUAACAGAUCAACUCAAGUCCCGCUUCUUACCGUCCCCAAUACUUAUCAAGAAGAGAAUUGAGAGCCUCAUCGAGCGAGAAUAUUUGGCCCGCACUCCAGAAGAUAGGAAAAUCUACUCUUACGUGGCAUGAGGAGUAGGCUGUUUGUACUGGAGCAUAGCCAAGGCUGUGAAACCUUCCCUUGCGAGAGGCACGGCCAUCAGUCAAGGAGGUUGGGGGGAAAGCAAGACUUUGGAGAGUGUUGGGAAUAGGCAGCCAGUCCACCUCCUCUCCUCCACUUUGCUCUGUCUGUCUUUCCGUCUCUUUUGUCUUCUUCUCUGUCUUUUAGUUUCUGUAUGUCCUUGUGGCUCUCUCUCUCUAUCUGUAUGUCUCUGUCUCUUCUGUUUCUCUCUGUUUAUCUGCCUGUCUCACUGUCAGUCUCUUUUUCUCAUUCUCACACCUAUUUCACAAAAAUUUUCACUCCUCAUCCCCCCCACCCCCCGUACAUGUGCUCUCCUCUGCAGGUGUUCACUUCACUCCAUCCCGGGAAUCUGCGGGACUCACACACACACGCUCAUGGACCUAGCAAGUUUCUGUGAGUGUCUUUGAUAGCACCAGCCGGACCCAUGUGUCUUUGCGAGCACCGGUUGGAUGUGUGAUGGAAUUGAAGAAAUAGAUAAGUGCUUUGAAAGAAAAGAGAAAAAGGCUUAACAAGGUCGUUUUGAAUGAAUAUAUGAAUGAAUGAAUAUAUGAAUAAACAAAGGAAAGGAAACAGGAAAAGAGGACCCCUUGAUAGCCUGGUUGAUCGUUUGGAGAGACACUGUCGACUGCUUCCUGGAGCUGCUGUUGGAGAAAGAAAAAAACGAAAAAGAAAGGAAGAUAGGAAAAUAAAAAAGGAGGGAAGAAAGGCAGUGUGUAGAUAGCUUGAAAAAGUGUUUAGGACAGUUGAUAGUGAUCGCAACCAAAAGACAGUGAUAAUCCGUGGCGAACAAGAGUGUCCAAGGAACUAUUUUCCCCCCAUCCCUCCCUCUCCCUCCCUCACUCUCUCACUCCCCACUCCCCACUCCCCACUCCCCACUCCCCACUCCCCACUCCCAUAUCUGCCCAAUUUGCCUUUUCCCCCUUCCCCUGUCCCCUCCCUGCUUUUCCCCCAGCCCCUCCCCCUCCCCUGCCCAGCCCCAUUUUGUAAGAUUGUUUUUUUUGCUCAUGAUAACAUAUGUGUCAUUUUCUAAGAAUGGCCCCUAUAUAGUGUCAGAGGUGCAGCCGCGCACCUUCAAAAAUUUAUACUACGUUAAUAGAACUUGACGAUGACGAUGAGAGGAAAGAAAAGAACAAAGGAAAAAACACUGAAGAAGAACGAAGACUAAGAGGAAACGUAACAACAAAAUACACACAUAACAUGAUUUAAAAAUUAUGAAUAAAAGUAAAUAAAUAUGUAGAGUGAUGAACCCGCUUACUUGCUUGGUCCCAGCGCAUCCAAACUUGCGUGUGCGGUCAAUGCUGAGCUAAUACCAGUUGGUAGACUUUUUGCCGCAAACUUUUUUUCAUUGGGAAUUUUUGUUUUUUUGUUUUUUUGUUUUGCGUUAAAUCUCCUUCCUAACCCACUCUCUCUCUUUCUCUCUCUCUCUCUCUCUCUUUUUUUUCUCCUUCCGAUCACUAUUUUUUUUUUUUGUGUAUAUAUAUAUUUUUUCAUUUUAUAUUGAUUAUGUACUUCUGUUGCUCACAUUUUUUUCCAUUAUGUUUUUAUGUAUUUUUUUUUCUUUUUUUCUUUUAUUAAUUAUUUUAUUGCAGGCAGCUUAUUUAAAACCAUUAGUAAUGGCAUUGUUGUGAUAAAGAAUAAUGAUGAUAAGAAUUUAAACAAAAACAAAAACAAAAAAACAAAAAAAUAUUGUUAUGUACUGUUAGUUGAUGAUAAGUUAGUUUUGGUCCAAAAUCUGUAAGAUCAAUUUUUUGCAUUUAACAUGGCAAAAUAUUUAAUAAAAUUUUUAGAUUUAUUUUUCCUUCAUCUUUAGGGUAAACAAAAUGGUAUUAUUGUCAGCAGUCUUCCCAUAUGGGUUACGGGAGUGAGAGAAACUGAAACUACUGGAAAAGGGUAGUGUUCGAAUUCGUCAGUCAGAUGGACGAUUAAAGACACCACAGAGUUGAUUUUAUCCAGUGCUUAUAGAAAGCAAGUAAGGAAGGAAGGAAGAAAGAAGGAAAGAAAAAGAAAGAAAGAAAGAAAGAAAGAAAGAAAGAAAGAAAAAAAGAAAGAAAGAAAGAAAGAAAGGAAGGAAGAGAGAGAAAAAAACAAAAAAAUAUGGAACCAUAGAAUGAUCACAAUUUUGCGGAAAAUAUGAGAGAUUAGAAUUCCCAGUCGUACUAUUGAAGGAGAUUGGGAAGGAAUGACUUAGACUGCAAGUGAGAAAAUCAUCCUAAGUUUCAUGAAAUAUAUUUAUGAUUUUUUAUAUAUAUAUACAUACACACAUCUGCCUGCUGUCCUCAUGACACAUUUCUUUGGAACAGUGCUCUGAUUUCCUCCACAUUUGUUUUGUUAUCUCCUCUAUCAGCCUCCUUUGUACACUCGCUACCAUUGGAAGUAUAAACAAGUUUCUAAAAAUGUAUUUAUUCCAUUAAAUGUCUGAGAGGCAAUUUUUAUGUUUUCUGCUCUUCCUAUAUUUGGCGAAGUGAGUCCUGCCACUAACCAAAGUAUACACCGUGCAUUUGGCAGUUUUACGGAUUUAUUUGUCUCUAGUGAGCAUCUGCUGUGAUUGUAGAUGCUGUUUAUAAAAAAGGGGUUUUGGUCUAAUGAAGAAAGUUGCAUGUGGAAAAAAUGCUGGAUGAAAUUUGUUGUUCAGUGGAAUGUUCAUGUUCAGUCAGUAGGUAGUAUUUUCUUUAUUACAUGAAGGAUCUUUUUUUAACAGAACACAAUUGUACAAAGACCUGUAUUAUAGCACUGAACAUGGGAAUUUUUGCCAUUGAACACAACAGGUGCUUUGCAAUUUAUGCUCCCAAAAGCAUUUGGUGGAAGAUUAUGAUUAUGUAUGUUAAAAAAGAAAUACAUGAAGGUAACUGCUUCUAAAAGCUGUAGUCGGCCACAAUUUCUGUUCUUAUUUGAAGAUAACAAGAUGUUUUGUUUUUAUACAUAGGCUUGACAUUUACAAUUCCUUGUACACUGUCAUAUGUGAUGUCAAGAAUUAGGUUGUCUGUUUUUUUUUAAAUAUAUUAUUAUUACUGGAUAUCAGG